GCUCUGCCUGUCUGCCUUCCUGCACGCCCCGGCCAAGGUGGGAGCUCUGCCUCCCUGUUCCCUCCUCCCCGCCAAGGUAGGAGCCCUGCCUGCGCCAGCGGGGCUUGUUGCUGGCCUUACGGCGGAGUUGGCCACGCGGGCUCCUUUAACUUGAGGGCGUUUCGUGUGUCUCGCCGUCUGCUCUCGAGUUUAAAGAGAAAGGGGCCGGAGCGAAGCGGGAAGGUGAUCUUUGCCCAGCGGCUCUUCAUUGCGGAUUAAACAGGUACAACAAGCGGAUAAGCAAUGUGCACUGCCCUGAGCCCGAAGGCACGUGGGCCUGGCCUCUCCGACAUGCAUCAAUACAGUCAAUGGCUUGCAAGUAGACACGAGGCCAACUUGCUGCCAAUGAAAGAGGAUUUGGCCCUGUGGCUCACAAACCUACUGGGUAGAGAAAUAACAGCAGAAACCUUUAUGGAGAAAUUGGAUAAUGGUGCCUUGCUUUGCCGGUUAGCUGAGACCCUGCAGGAGAAAUUUAAAGAAAACAGCUUUGAUGCAAACAAGCCUGGCAAAACCUUACCAGUUCGGAAAAUUCCAUGCAAAGCCAAUGCUCCUUCAGGGUCUUUUUUUGCACGAGACAACACAGCAAAUUUCUUAUCCUGGUGCAGAGAUGUAGGUGUGGAUGAUACCUGCCUGUUUGAAUCAGAAGGUUUGGGAAGCAAAAAUUCAGCAAAGGAUUUGGAACCAAUGAAUAUUCUGCAUCUCUUCCAUGAUAAAGUCUACCCGGCAAGAAAAGGGUUUGCCACCAAGUUACUCCAUAAGCAGCCAAGAGAAGUGUGCCUUUGUUUGCUGGAACUUGGAAGAAUUGCAGCAAGGUUUGGGGUGGAACCUCCUGGACUAAUAAAAUUGGAAAAAGAGAUUGAACAAGAGGAAACAUUUUCAGCUCCCCUUCCAUCUCCUUCACCAUCACCCACAAAGUCUCCUGGGAAAAAGAGCACAGGGAAACUGUUGGAUGAUGCUGUUAAACACAUUUCUGAAGAUCCACCUUGUAAAUGCCCUAAUAAGUUCUGUGUGGAGCGUCUUUCACAGGGAAGAUACAGAGUCGGAGAGAAGAUCCUUUUUAUUAGGAUGCUGCACAACAAACAUGUGAUGGUUCGUGUUGGAGGAGGCUGGGAGACUUUUGCAGGUUACUUACUUAAGCAUGACCCAUGCCGAAUGCUGCAGAUGUCCCGAGUAGAUGGGAAAACUUCUCCAAUCCAGAGCAAGUCUCCAAACCUCAGGGACAUGAAUCCAGACAAUUACCUGGUUGUUUCUGCCCAUUACAAAACCAAGAAGGAGAUUAAGUGAAAUAAGCCUCUCAUGUGAGUGGGACUUUAUGUAUGUAGGUCCAAAUUAUUUUCCCAAGUGUAGUGAAUUUAGUUAAUGCUUUAAAAGGACUUUGGAAAAAUUAACACAGACUGGAAAUGACACCCCAUUUUGAAGAUCUUUGAAUUGUAGAACUAUUUAUUUCUAGUACUGUAUCUUUUAUAGCAAAUUACCCUUGAUAGGCUGAUUACUACAAUCAGAUAAUAAAUAGACAUAUAUUUUUAGCCAAAUUAUUACUCUUUAAUAUGUGAAUGUAUACUUAGAGCUACAUAAAGGAGCAGAUCCUGUUAAUGGAAGAAAAUACACAAUAAAAUAUAUUUGUAUGAAAACCUUAUUACUUCGAAUCCCUGACUGUUAGGCUAGUUGAAAUAUAUAUAUGCAGGUGGAAAAUGGGUAUUUGGGGAGAUUAUUUGGUAAUGUGUCUUGAAGUUAAAUAAAAAUUGAGUGUUUCUA